AGCUCGAUAUAUGCAAGGAUUCGCGGCGAGUGCGCAAGGGAGCGGGGAAAUCAGUGGUUCCAGUGGUGGCGCGACCAAGACUCGCAACACCAUCAUGGCUGCCGAUUUUUACACCGACGAGAAUCUCACGGCGAAUCCUCAGCUGCCGCACAGGUCAGCAGAAGAAGCAUUACGAUACCAACAGCAGACGGCUCGGCCAAGCAACAAAGAAGAUGAGCAGCAGCAAUUGCGCUUCCAAGACAGCCGAUUUUUCACAUCCCGAGUACUCGGGCGAAACAGGAAAGUCUCUCCGGACAUCUUACCGUCGGGCUCGCAGGGUGUAUUCAGGCCACGAAGGUCCUCGAACGCGAGUGUCAAAGCUACGCCUUCGCCGUCGUCGUCGCCGGAUCGCUGCUGCACGUCGGCCCAGUGUCCAGUCGUCGAUGGCGAUGCCGAUCACUCGACUAGUUGCACUAACGGCAGAAUAGAGCCGACUCUGCAGCAGAAGCCACAGACGCAACAGAUUUCCUUCAAAAAUAUCGCAAAAUCGCCGUUGGCCACCUUAAUCGCCGCUGAUAAUAAUAUUGCAGCAGCGAGACGGAAGCGUAACGAGCAGCAGCAGCAGCAACAACAACAACAACAGCAGAAAAUCAUCGGCGGCUUCGUCGGCAGCACAGUUGUACGACUCGCGCGGAGCUUGAGCGACAGAUCAACGGCACUGAGCAGCUGGGGCGAGUGCGACGAUUCGACCGCGAGGAGCGUAGACAACAGCGGCAGCGGCGCUGCAACCUCAUUAGUGUCAGCAGCAGCAGCAGCAACAACAACAACAGCAGCAACCACAGCUGUCGUCGUGUGUUCUUCCUCGACGAGCAACAGAGCAGCGAUCGUCGGCGCGCCAAGUAUUAAAAGUCCGAGCAUCGCCACUAGCAGCGGCAGCACCACAACCAGCCGCAGCAGUAGCAGCAGCAGCAGUAGCAGCAAACACCAGCAGCAACACAACACUGCCGCCCGCAGUGGUGCUAGUAGCCGCAAAACUUCUGCCAAGUGCCGGCGCUCAUUUUUCAGUAGCAUGUCUGACAAGAUGGCGUCAGCCAGCAACGCAACACAGCCUCCACAGGGCACCUGGCCGAAUUCUAAGGACGACUACGAGCUGCGCGAGGUCAUCGGUGUUGGAGCUACUGCAACUGUUCACGCCGCUUAUUGUAUACCAAGACAAGAAAAAUGUGCUAUAAAACGCAUAAAUUUAGAAAAAUGGAACACAAGCAUGGACGAAUUACUGAAAGAAAUUCAGGCCAUGUCAUCAUGCAAUCACGAAAACGUUGUAACAUAUUAUACUUCAUUUGUUGUAGUUGAUGAACUAUGGUUAGUUUUAAGAUUACUCGAGGGUGGUUCUCUUUUAGAUAUAAUUAAGCAUAAAAUGAGAACAAAUAAUUGUAAACAUGGUGUCUUUGAUGAAGCAACUAUUGCAACUGUACUUCGAGAGGUACUCAAAGGCUUAGAAUAUUUUCACAGCAAUGGUCAGAUUCACAGAGAUAUAAAAGCAGGAAAUAUUUUACUAGGUGAUGAUGGCACAGUGCAAAUAGCUGAUUUUGGUGUUAGUGCCUGGCUUGCUACGGGUCGUGAUCUUAGCCGUCAAAAAGUUCGACACACUUUUGUUGGUACACCUUGUUGGAUGGCCCCUGAAGUAAUGGAGCAGGAUCAUGGUUAUGAUUUCAAAGCAGAUAUUUGGUCUUUGGGUAUAACUGCAAUAGAAAUGGCAAGUGGUACAGCUCCUUACCACAAAUUCCCACCUAUGAAAGUUCUGAUGCUUACUUUGCAAAAUGAUCCACCAACCCUUGACACAGCUGCUGAUGAUAAAGAUCAGUACAAAGCUUACGGAAAAACAUUUCGUAAAAUGAUAGUUGAUUGUUUGCAAAAAGAUCCUACAAAAAGACCUACAGCUACAGAAUUGUUAAAACACCCGUUUUUUAAGAAGGCAAAAGAUAAAAAAUUCCUUCAGCAAACUUUGGUGGCAACUGGACCUAGUCUAGAAACUAGGGUGCAAAAGGCAUCAAAGCGUCAACCUGGUACUUCCGGUCGUCUUCAUCGGACCGUGGCAGGUGAAUGGGUAUGGUCAUCAGAAGAAGAAAGUGGAGGUGUAAGUGAUAACGAAGAUGGCAAAGAUAAAGAUCUGCCAAUCAAUCGCAUCGAAAGAGAUAACAGUGGUAGCGAUGACGACGUUCACGAAAAUGACGAAUGCGCUCGAUCAAAUAACGUACAAGCCACUAAGAAUACGCAACAGCAGCAACAACCACAGCAGCAACCACAGCAGCAGCAACAGCAGCCACAACAAACGCAGCAACCUCAACAAUCACAGCAACAGCAGCUGCCACAACAACAGCAACAGCCUGUUAAAGAUACUGAUACAAAACCUAAUUUAAAUUUUGUUCUCAGGUUAAGGAACCAAAAGCGAGAACUAAAUGACAUACGAUUCGAUUAUAUGAUUGGGGAAGACUCUGCUGAAGGAAUUGCUUCAGAAUUAGUCAGUGCUGGUUUGGUGGAUGGAAAAGACAUGGUAGUAAUAGCAGCAAACUUACAAAAAUUGAUUGACAAUACGGAACAACUUCGCACUGUUACAUUUUCUCUGAGCUCAGGACAUGCCGUAAAUGAAAUCCCAGAUGACAAAGCUUUGAUUGGAUUUGCUCAAAUGUCCAUGGAUUAAACGUGUCGUAUUAAUUUAUGUUAAUUGUUAAAUUUAAUUAUAAAAAUAGAUUUAUAGACGAGUGAAGAAGAAGAGUGUGUAGACUCUUUUCCGAACGAUAAUAAUGACCAGAUAAAUCAAAGUAUUAUGAUUUAACAUCAGCUAAUGAUUGCAAGAUUUCAUUUAAAAACAAAUGUCGCAUUGAAUCAUAUAUUUUAAUUAGAUAAUAAUCAUCAAAUCAAUGCAUCUUGCACCCAUUUAUAUUUUAUUCUACAAAUAAUUAUUAUUGAUACUACUAUUAUUUGUUAUUAGCAAUAUUGGCUGUCCGUGCCGAAUCAAUGAAACACGGAUGCGUUAAAGAAUGAGGUAUAUUUUAUGAAAUAAAAUUCCUGAUCUUAUAGUUUUAAAUUAUGCAUGUCAAAGAGUCAGAAAAAUCUACAUUUUGUUCUCUCGAUUUUAAUAUCAAUAUUGAAUAAUUUGUUCCUUUAAUAUCUAAUAAUAAAUAAUUCAAAGGCGUGUGUAAAUAUUAGCAAUAUUGGAAUAUUUUAGCUUAUAUUAUCUGCUGUAUAAUCUUAUAGAAAUUUAAAUUACAAUAUUAAAAAUUUGAAAAAUGAACUUGAAAAAGUAAAACAAAAAAGCAUGUUGUCUAAUAUGAAGAAGUAAAGUUAAUUUUGUAAAAAAGGCGUUCCAGUUUAUACGUUUUAUUGUGAAAGAGUUUAUAAGCUGUGGCUUAUAACUUAGAGCAUAAAAAAUAGGGCAUGUAUACUACUUGGUAAUCAUGCUAUCACAAAAUAGGAUAAAUUUUUUUUGUACUUAAAUUCUAUAGAUAAUUAGUGUAUACAUGGUUGUAAAAAAUGUACAAUUCUCUUUAUAGCAGUUCAAUUCAUAUUUAUGGUUUGUAUAUUUUGAAAUUGAUAAAGCAACGAAUCAUUGUACGUUGAUUUUCUUCGUAAUAAUAGUUGUAAUCAUCAAAUUUUA